ACUGCUGGUGGUUUUGGUCAAGCAGCUGUAGCUGGUGGAUUUGGCCAACAGACAGGCGGAUUUGGCCAACAGGCAGGCGGAUUUGGCCAACAGGCAGGUGGGUUUGGCCAACAGACAGGCGGAUUUGGUCAACAGGCAGGCGGAUUUGGCCAACAGACAGGCGGAUUUGGCCAACCAGCCACAACUGGCGGUUUUGGUCAGGCAGCGACUCAGGGAACUGCUGGUGGUUUUGGUCAAGCAGCUGCAGCUGGUGGAUUUGGUCAACAGGCAGGCGGGUUUGGUCAGGCAGCAACUCAGGGAGCUGCAACUGGCUUUGGCCAGACUGCUGGGACGGGAUUCGGUCAACCCAGUGCCGCCGGUGGCUUUGGUCAAGCGGGUGCCACUGGCAUGUUUGGACAACAAACAAGCGGCUUUGGUCAAGGUGCAGGUCGAGGAAUAUCUUUUGGUGCGUCUUCAGGUGGCUUUGGUGGCUUUGGUCAGUCUGCUGGGGCAAUUGCGGCGGCUCCGGGCUCAAACAUUUCUACCAACGCCAUGCCUUUCCUUAAUCUGCCCGACUUUGCGGAGAAACCGUAUGGGAAUGUAUUACUUUUUGCUCCGGAUGAAGAACCUAAGAAGCCCGUGGUGGCUGCUCCCUCAGCCGCAAGUGGUUCCUCUAUUGCAAUACUCCCCGCAUCAAUGUCAAGAUACCAGCAGAAAAUGAGAAUCGGAGCCACAGCACCUGACCCCAGUUCCAGCCUUAAGCAACAGUCUGCCUCAUUUUCGGUCAAUGGUCUCUCACAGGUUGCCCUAUGUGAUCUGAUCAGUGCUCCCAAGGUAAGUUUGGGCCUGCCGGAUGCUGAGCAGAGUAUUGUCCCCCCGACGACUUCUGAGGCCUUAUUGGGUACAACUGAGCUGACUACUCCCGUGGUUGCGUCCCACGUACCUGUUUGCUCGAGUAGUGACUAUAUGUUGCACCCCCCUUUGGAAGUCCUAAAGGACUUCACUGUUCAGCAGUUGCAAAAUGUACAUGAUUUCAGUAUUUACCGGCGGGAUGGGAAGUGUUCCGUACGCUUUCUUGAACCUGUGAAUCUUGUUCGCUGCGAUGUGUCUGAAGUCGUCGUCCUUCGCCCAAAUGGGGAGGUACAGUUUUAUCCGGGUGUUACUACACCCCCUCCGCUCGGGCAUGGGGUUCACGUACCGGCGCGUGUGACAGUAAACGGCGUCGUUGCGACGACAGCGGAGGAGCUUCGUGAACGUUGUCGCAGAGAUGGCGUUGUGUUCGACUCGUAUGACGCGGAAACAGGAAGAUGGAUCUACACGACCAACGUGGAUGCCGAUGUUGUUGCGGAUAGAACCGUAGAGCCUGAUGACGAGUUUGUACCAGAAAUUGAGCAUAUUUCCACCUAUGGGGAUUCUUCGAACGGCGCUGUACAUACACCCGCUCAGCUUGAAACGAGUGGUUGGUCGCGUCCGGCGACGCCUACACCAUCUCCUCUACGCAUGCAGCCGGCGGUCCCAGCUUCUCUCGUCCAACUUCCAACGCGAAGCGAUCAGUCAUCUACGCUUCCAAGGCGGACGCGAGAGGUGACAGUGCGUGGAACACUGACAUAUCCCACGGUUUGCGAAAAAACUGAAGCACCCAUGGAUUUUAAACUACCUUAUGAUCUUCCUGAUACGUAUGAGGUUCCACCCCGUGAAAGAAAGGGUGCACUAGUGUUUAGGGGCCUUCAAAUAGAUAAGCAGGUUCCAGUGUACGUGGUAAGAAAGGAGGAGUCAAAGUUGUACGAAAUGAACGGAAGCCUCGUUUCGCAAAGCACCAUGGGGAGCCUGGGGCGAAGUUUUCGUUGUGGCUGGUGCCUCUCAGGACGUAUCGCCGUCCCUACCUUUGCGUGGCUUCGUGAUGGAACAGAAGAUCAACAGAUGCGGCAGGAGGUUCCUGGAGCAAGAGUUUCCCUCAUGAAUCCCUUCUUUGCUCAUACCACAAGCAAACAUUACUUGCAGAGCUGCGCCAUCUCAGUCCUUCGGACAGUCUGCCGAUACCUUCACUUCCUUGAGGGAACGUCGGAUAAGGAAGACAGGUAUCCGUUACUUACUGUGAUUUUGUGCCGUGAAAGUAGUAAUGUUUCACUAUCAACGGAGAAGUUACAAGAGCUUGUUGUCGCCAUUGACGCAGUACGGGCUGAACGGCUUUCCCCCAUGGAGAUAUCAACAGCGCGGCAGGCGAAAACCGUGCUGAACCUUCUUGAUGCCCUCUAUGGACUUCCAGAGGCCGACAAGGCCGAGGGUAAUGCUCUCGCCGAAAAGCGCUACCUCACGCAACUGCGGAGGAGGAACCUCAAUGCUUGGCUCAGGGAUGAGUUGAGCUUUAUGGAUACCUGGACGGAGGUGGAGGUGGGGAUAAAUUCAACGCAGAAACUACUCGUUAAGUUGCUUUGUCACAAAUUAAGGGAUGCUGCCCUCAUUGCAAAGGAGGCGGGGAGCACAGAACUUUUCCGUGUGCUGGGCAUAUGCGGCGAUGGAAAUCAGUUUGGCAGUUUUGUAACAACAGCGGAUAUGAACCAUAUUAACGCGGAACCGAGCGUCCGUGAUCGUGUUGUUGCUUUGCUUUCAGGCGUUGUUGAGCCUUUUGUUUCCCAACCACGCUACGAGCGAUCAAAAAGUGGGGAGGUUGUCGCCAUGAUUCCGUCGAAUGCGACAUGGAAACAACUACUUGGCGUUUUUGCCUUUUAUGGCUGCUCACCAGAUACUCCAGCAGAGGACAUUAUUUGCGAAUUCUUGGAGCGCCUGCGUACACCGUCCGCGCGACACGAGAACGCGUACCCUCCGUAUGCGGACUAUGUUGCACCUGAAAUGCUGCACACGGCGCGCGGGCAAGAUUUCAUCGCCCGCGGGAACGAGUUGCAGGACGCUGCACUGAGCGUCUUGGAGGGCUUUACACUGGGUACCGCCCCUGUGGCAAUCGCAUUGCACCCGCACGCCUCCAGUUACUGCGCGACGGACUACCUGGCACCGUUUCUCAUCCUCCUCGCCGUUCGUGCGCUGAAGUUGCAGCGCUCAGACAACUACAUCGAUGCCGAAACGAAGGUCCUCUUGGGUUUUACAGCAGCACUCGAGUGCCUUGAAGAUUCAUGGUUCUGGGCCCUGUUGCCGCUGCAUAUGAUAGAGGACUUAAACUGCCGUUCACUUGCCGUGAAGCAGUUUCUUCGCCGAAACGCAUACCGCUACAAAAACGGUGGUUACGGGGGUAACGCCGACUUUAAGCGUAUGGUGGAGCUUUUUAACGUAGACAUGUCGCUGCUCCAGCCCGAGGAACUGCCGCUGGAUGUUGCUUUUGAGCAACCCUUGAAUGCUCCCAGCAUUCGCACCCUCACUUCUCUCUGUGAUGCCCUCGAGCGAUUUGGCCGUAGCUUCAACAAGGAAUAG